AUGUAUCGCAGGAGUUACUCGAGCCGCCGGCGUCGGAGCUCCCACAGUCGCGCUCAUCGCGGCCGUCGCCGUCACCGCAGCAGCUCGAGGGGAGACCGCGGGAGCCGCCGUCGUCAUGGCAGCUAUGGCAGUCGCAGCAGCUCUAGUUCUUACCGCCGCUCGACUUCCCGUUUGCGACGCGUCGAUUCCGGCCACCGCCGCCAUUCACGGCGUGAUGCGCUGCGUGAUUCCAGGCGGUGCUACGACGACCGCCGGGACAGCCACAAGAUCUCCGACAGCCGUUACGAGCGGCGCGAUGUGAGCGAUCACGAUUCGAGGCGUCGGCGCUAUGAUCGGCGGACCCGGGAUCGGUCUGUUUCCGUGAGCCGGAGGCGCCGGUCGCACCACAAGGACCAGUGGCACCGCCGCCACCGCUCUCCCACACGCAGCCCCUCGGAUCACAAGCGGUACCGCGAAUCGAAUGACCGCAUCGUGCAUUUCAAGUGGGAGCCCGGUAUGAUGCUGGACGACUACAGGGUGGUGCAGAAGAUCGGCGACGGCACCUUCGGCCGCGUGCUCCACUGUGAAAAGAACGGGGAGCAUUUCGCGGUGAAGGUGGUGCGCGACGUGGAGAAGUACGUGAGCUCCGCGAAGAUUGAGGUUGACAUUCUGAUGGACAUCCGCAAGGUGGACGUGGCCGGCGAGAGCCAUUGCGUGGUGUUGCAUGACCAUUUUAUGUUUAAGAGACGCAUAAUGUGUUUGGUGUUUGAGCAGCUGGGCGACUCGCUCUAUGAUUUUUUGAAACGUAACGACUAUAAGGGCUUUUUCAUGGCCGACAUUCAGAAAAUCGCCUACCAGCUCCUGAAGGGGCUCGCGUUCCUGAAAAAGAACAGGCUGAUCCACACCGAUUUGAAGCCCGAGAACAUCCUCCUCACAUGCGGACGCGAGGAGUUCAUCGAGGUGCCCUUCCCACGGUCGAUGACCGGCAUGAUGACCAGGCGUCCCGCGACUGCGGACAUCAAGAUAAUUGACUUCGGCAGCACGAUCUACGAGGACGACUACCACAGCACAAUCAUCAACACUCGCCAAUACCGCUCGCCGGAGGUGAUUCUGGACAUUGGGUGGUCUUACGCGAGCGACAUGUGGUCUCUGGGCUGCAUUCUAAUUGAAAUUUACACGGGUGAUUUGUUGUUUAACACCCACAGCCAUCUGGAGCAUCUGGCCAUGAUGGAGCAGACGGUCGGCCGCCUGCCGGCUAGCAUGUUGGAGAAGGCGCGGACGACCGACGGCCGCCGCUAUCUGCACCCUGACAAGCUCUCCCUAAACUGGCCCGACGGCGCGCGUUCGCGUUCUUCGGUGGAGCGAGUCAAGUAUUGCUCGGGCAUCAUGGAGCUGGUGAAACCCGAACACCGUCCAUUCGCGGAGUUCAUCAAAUACAUUCUGAAUCCGGACCCGGAGAAGCGCCCCACGCCAGAGGAUGCGAUGGAGCACGAGUUCUUGGUGCUGACGCUGCCGGAGAACUAG